UCCGUGCGUGUGAGGGCGCGCACACGCACAGGGAGGAGGACUCUGCGUGCACAACAAGGAUCCGUACUGCCUGAACUAAACCACACCUCAAAAACAACCAAGAUGCUUUCACUCCACAGACCACACAAAAGAGUCGGAUGGGCCACAGAAAUGUUUUGCUUUUGAAAGCUUUAAAAGCAAAAAAAAAAAACAAAAAAAAAAAAAAAGAAGAAGAAGGAGCGCAGCUGCUCGGCCGAGUGCAGCCCACAGCAGCUCGGCUCCAUCCGGACAUCCUCGCCCGCGUCCCCGCGUGGGAAAGUCUGCAACAUGCCUCCACAGCACGCAUGACACGCACACAAGAAAGAUCUCUGAACGGUGGAGUGCCUUUACAGUCCUCCGUGCGCAAUAAGGAAUCACACACCACCAUUCUUACUCCUCGUUAGAGUUAAUAAAAAGAGCAAGUGUUGCUAUGGAGAAUCUCAGUGAGCUCCAGAACCCUUUGUUGGACAAAAACAGCAAGCAGAUGGUCAACGGUUACGGAGGAGACUUCCCUAACAACCACUACCAGGAAAACAUUAUCAAUUACUACUCUGGAGGUGGUGGCGAGAGCGGCGGCGGAGGAGGCGGCGGCAAGGUGAACAACGUGGUGAGUGCAGGCCGUUACAGUAGCAACGCCAAGAUCAAGUCACAGCAGCUCUUGGACGCCACGUCGCUGCAUUUGGCCGUGGAGGCCUUCUACAGGCCCAACUUCAUCCUGUACAAGGAGGACAAUGGCAGCAUCAAAGCAAAGGAAUACAAAAGUGAGUGCUGUGAGACCACCUUCACGGAGAAGAAGGCCAAAGAGACAUCAAACGUGGUCGGAGGGGACGCCUCCGCCCCGGAGGAGCCACAGACCAAGAUGAUGGAGGAUGGAGAGCACGUGAAGAUCCAAACUGUUUCAUACGAGGUGGAGGAGGAAGAGUAUGUGGAGUAUGAGACGGACUGUUCCAGUGACAGCGAGAGUGAGGACAACUUUAUUGUGGUGCCUCCAAGGGACCACCUGGGCUUGGCCAUCUUCUCCAUGCUUUGCUGCUUCUGGCCUCUGGGAAUUGCAGCGUUUUACUUCUCGCAAGGGACCACCAAGGCGGUGCACAAAGGGGACUUCCCGUUGGCCAACAUCGCAUCACGACGCGCUCUCUUCCUGGCCGCACUCUCCAUCACCAUCGGCACCGGCGUCUACGUGGGCGUGGUGGUGGCACUCAUCGCCUACCUUUCGAAACCGGGACACAUAUAGUGGCUGCUCGCUUCCACCCUGGGAAGAGCCAGAGAAGAAGAAGAGGAAGAAGAAGCCUCCUUAGGGAAAAACAGCCGUGCUGGUGCUGCACGUUUGGAGGAAAGUAUUUUGGGGGGGGGGUUAGCUGUACAGUUUUCCCUUCCUGUCUUUUUCCUGCAGACUUCCUUUCAGACACAAUUGGGGAAAAGGGUCAAACUGGAAGGUUUUCAUGUUAUUGAGACUUGGAAAAGUUUUGAGGAAUGACUAUUUCCCAAGUGGGAGCUCAACUUGCAUCCAAUUGACUUCAUCCCUUGUUGGACUUUCCUCCUGUUGGCUGUUUUUGUCAACUUCUAAGAAAUGAAACAAGCUUGAAGUGAGUGCUAUCGGACGUUAAGGUCACGAAAAAUCGAAACGCAUCUUUGUUGUCUUUUGUGUCUCCCGUCUUCAAUUGCCACCUGGGAUUCUAAUGUUAAUAAAAAGAAGCAAAAGAAACACCAGGUUUCCAGGGAACUAACGAGAACUUUUCACUUUAUCUUAGGGAAUGCCUGACUACCCAUCUGUCAAAGUCUUUCUGUAAAAUCUGACACUGUCCUCUCAUACCAGAUGUUGUUUGCUUUGUUUUUGUGUCUAAUAACACUUUUAUACUUGUACCUCAGACAAGUGUGAGGUACAAGUGUUGCCAGCACCCAAGGGUGUCAAAAUAUUGCCCUCAUCUUUGCCCACCCCGCACACCCACUUGCUGCCACCCUACCGCCCUAUACCACCAAAGUUGUGCAAAAUUGUAUUUUAUGAAUUUGAUUGAUUUUGAAAGGAGGUUCCAAACUACAAAUAGAACUGCAUAUUCACAUGUUUUAACUUUCAAAUUAUGGUAAAUGGUAAAAAAAUUAUUUCAUGUCGCAGAAUGCUUUACUGGAUCAACGCAUUCAAAAUAGAAACAAUUUGUGUUUGAUUUUAGUGUUUGUAAUGUAGGAUUUGGUAUUUAAGUCAAAACCUUUGUUAAACGCAGGCAUGUGAUUUUUCCGUCUAUGGUCAGAAAUCCGUCUUUUGUAUCUCUGUAAAAAUAUAAAAUAAUAUUUUCAGCUUUUUUUUGUUUUUUCCGACCUACAAUCUGUGUUAAAAUCUUGAUCUGUCUCUUUGCCAUACCUGCCAACAACUACGGUUUUACCGUAAUGAGUAAGGUUUUUGAUAAUCCAGUAGUAAAAACUACGGGUUUAGAUUAAAAAGUAUUAACUUAAAAAUGGAAGCUACAUAGCAAAGCAACUCCAUGGGCAGGGGACAAAAUAUACGGGAAACAUCAAUGAUGAUUGGUUGGUUUACGUAUAAGAAAAUCCAUGAUUGGUUGGUUGGUUUACAUUGAUGAGUCACAGGCAAAACAUUAGGGACAGGCCAAUCAGAGGCAAGUUAGAGCGGGUCAUCAAACCAGGAAGGGAAAUCACAACAGACACAACACAUCCCAAAUGACAACGAGAAGAAUAUUCAAGCGGCUGAUUUAUAUAUUAAAAAAACUAGUGGAAGAUGGCAGAGGGAUUCUCUUCCUUAGAUUUUUCUUUUAGCGAUGUAGACUAUGUCUAGGAAACCCACAAUGCGUCUACUUGGCCACAGUUGGACAAAUGUAUGCGACUGGAUAAAACGAUGCCCAAAACAUUCAUUUGAGUUGUUUACCAUGUAAGCUCAAAUCUAAACUGCUCUCGACAUGGAAGACGUGGAAUACACAUUUAAGAACACAUGAUUGUGGCAGACUUGUGAUGACUUUUGCUACAGUAUAGCCUGUCUAAAUGAUACAUUUCAUUUUCAUUGGUGUUUUAGAACAAGGCAGUAGCUGACAUGUUCAUUAUUUCUACUGUUUAUAUUUUGACAUUGAAUAGUAAAAAGUGACAAGCGGUAGAAAAUGGAUGGAUGGAUAGUUGAAUCAUUUUGAAACAAACAUGACUGCAAGAUAUUUCUUAUUUCAUGCUAUGAAUCACAAAUGGCUAUUCAGAUAAAGGAAGUUAGUUAAUAGAAUAAAAAGUGUUUGUACUCUUUAUGAGUUUUGCAUUUGGAUCAGUUAGAAGUAGAGAGGGAGUCAAAGAGACUGAAAUUGGCUAUAAAGUCCAAGGCAUAAUCCACUAUGGCAAAAACAAAAAGGAAAAUGCAAGCUGCUCAGAAAUUUGCCAGGAACGCUCAUGUCAGAGCCAUCAUAGCAAAAAUGUCAAAGUAAUGUGGGAAUGAACCAAAGUAAUGUGUAAAUAAUGUACAUAACUGGAUGAACCAUCAGUGGCUGUGAAGUGAACACUAGUAAGGUUGUAAAUAGAGUAGGCUAACCCAUGUGGUUCCUGUGGAUGUGAACACAAGUUGUAAUUACUGUAGUGACUAAAUAACAUAGUGACUGAAACAGACAUAGUGAUUCAUUUGGAUGAAUGGAGUAUGUAUUUAUGUAAAGUCUGUUGAUAAUUGUUCAAUUCUUUAAACACUAAAACGUCUUUUCAUGGUGUUUGUUUUGUGCUAAUUUUUGAAUGUUCAAUUGCUGAAAAACCAGACCCCCAGCUUAUUUUCAGUCUUUUUCAUUAAGUUCAAAUCACAUGCCUGUAAACGUGACCAAAUCUUCCUGUUACUGUGCUAUGAGGAUCUAUUUAGUUCCAAUUCAAUUUCUAAGUCAUAAUGUUUUGAUGUGAAGCCAAAUCAAUUCAAAUUUUUCAAAAAAAAGAAUUUAAAUUCCAAAUUUUGCACAAGCCUGCCUAUCCCCAUGGCAAGUUCAACAUAAAACAGUUAAUUUUAAUGCUGAAUAUGUGUCAGCCCUGAGAUGUUUUGUUUGGGGCUGAUGAAAGACACAAGUUGACAGUAGUGAGGUGUACACCCCAGUGUAGGGCUUUUGUGGCAACGCUAACUAGUUUUUAAAUCAUGACCACAAAUAUUGUAUGUUUUUCCAUCUUUUAUAUUUGUGUGCCCCCAAAAUUUGGCCAACCACUCAUUCCCACCUCAUGGUACGCCACCCUAAACCUCUACUACCCCCAUGACAAGUCCAACAUAAAUCUACUCAUCAUAACAUACAAUUUGUGGGAAUCCUCAGUGGGGUUUCUGUGGCAAUACAAACAUUAUUUUUUAUUCUGAUCACAAACAUUAUUUUUUCUAUCUUUUGGACUUGUGUACUCCUCAAAAUGUGUCCACCCCCUCGCAUCCCACCCUAAAGCCCAACCCCCAGUACAAGUUCAACAUAACACAAUUCCCAAAUUCCCACAAUUCACAAAUAAAUA